AGACAUGGCUGGUGUGGCGAAAAUUGCCGUUGUCGCGUUGGCCUUUAUUGUUACAGCAAACGAAUGCAAUGCAACGCAUAACAGCGAAUGCCCUGCCUGCCCUGUCUGCCCAGUUUGCGCUCCUUGCCCUGGAAAAACGCAGCAAAAUGCCUUAUACACGCUUUGGAAACAAAAUCGUGCUAUGUGGAAGUACUAUACAACUGAUGAAGUCGGCCUGCCAUGCAGCCGGGAAGAACGUCAAAAGCUUACCGAAGAUGGCGUGACGCUCACUGAGUUAUAUAUGAAAGACGGAAAAAAAACAGUUUUGGGCUCUAAUAGUUGGAUAUUCUCUUCAAGCCCGGAAACAAGAAAUUCAAUGUCGGUCGUCGUAGAGGGAGCCGACUCUCACGUCACCUUUCGGCGUCAGCUGCUGUACAAAAAUGAAGCAUUUUCCUGUGCUGUGGUUAAGGAGCAGUACAUUCUAUCCUACAAGGAGUUUCGUAAAACGGAUGAAUAUUGUUGCUUCUCCUCUGACGUCCCCUCUUCACAAGGACACACCAUACUUGUGGACGGAUUCCUGUGA